AAGGCUCAAAUGCACGUAGUCAGGUAUGGGUCCUCUCAGUCAUGUGGUCGUCCGCAGCCACGAGAAUGACAUCACUGCCAGAACGAUCUCGCAGGACAUUUCAUCGCUCACAGGAAAGCCUCAGGAUGUUGCGCGAGCAGCUCUCAACGCAGUAGGCGGCGAUCAACAGGAGGCAUGUGCUUUAUUGAUGUCUGGGCUGUCGCUGACAAUCAUUGAUGGAUGCUGCGAAAUCGUGACCUUUGAAGAGGGAUGCGCAGUAUGGCAGCACGAGGAAGGAGUGAUAUCAAGCAUUGGAUCAUUGGAAAAAUGUUCCCUUCUACGUUUUCCUAGACACUACCGUGGCAGUAUACACCUCCUUACCUUAGAGACUUUGGAAGUUUUCUUGCUAAGCUCAGUGGCCCCGGAAGCAACAUGGACUUGGAGAAGCGAUUUAGAGCUGCCAGAAAUUUCAGCCGAAUACGGAAGGUUCUUUGGCUCAAUGAACUUUGCAUUGUAUUGCAAAGUGUUCAAACCCGGCCCUGCACUGAUUCCACUGGACAAUGCAGAAAUAUGUGCAGUGAAGAUCGUCAAAAAGAUCAGUUGUUCGCAGCCUCCAGGAAACUCAGGAUCGUGCUAUACACCUCCGAAGGAGCCUCCAAGCAUCAUAGCAAUUGAUCGCUCAGACUCAGACCAAAGCGGUCCUUUUCGGCUGCCACGCUGCCAUACUAAAGCCUCAAAGAACUACCAGCAGUAUCAAGUAAUUCGCCACGUUGGAAGUGGCGCCUUCGGAUCAGUUCACCUGGCAUCUACAAAAGCUGGAACACUUGUUGCAGUGAAAAGUGUCCCAGUUGAUGGUCAUGAAAUGAGGGAGGCCCGCCUGCUGAAACUAGCAAACCACCCGCACAUUGUGAAGAUGACUGACUGUUUCGUUUCGGACAAAACCCUUUGCAUUGUGAUGGAGUACUUGCCAGAGAACCUUCACAAAAGGAUUGGCGGAAAGGCUCUUUCAAUUGGUGAAGUGCGGUGGUUGAGCAUCCAGCUCUUGACUGCUGUGGCAUACCUAGAUACACUGCGUAUAUGCCACCGUGACUUGAAGCCAGAAAACAUUCUUCUCAACAAAGACAUGACAACAAUGGUCGAUACUUUGAAGCUUUGUGACUUUGGAUCUGCUAAGAUCUUGGGAGACGGACCCUCUGCUAACUACAUUUGCUCUCGCUGGUGGCGAGCUCCAGAAUUGAUACUCGGUUCCUCUAGCUACACCACGAGCAUUGACUGGUGGUCAUGUGGAUGCAUAGUUGCAGAAAUGAUGUCCGGAAAGCCAAUCUUUACAGGAGAUUCGAGCUGGGGUCAAAUGUAUGCCAUCGUUCGCAUUUUGGGAACACCGACACUUCGAGAAAUGGAGGCACUCCAAUCUCUCAUGCCACAGGCAGCUGGAAACGCAGGAGGACGCUUGGCAAAGCACUUUGCCAGUCUUGUGAAGUUGCAACGGCCACGACAGCCAUUGAAGGAACUUCUGCCAGCGUUUGCAAAUGUUCCUGGCGCCCUGCUCAUUCCCCGAAGACUCUUGGCUUAUUCGCCCGAAGACCGUUGGCAUCCUGCCAAAAUCCUCAAGUCGCGCUUCUUGACUCAGCCAUGGCCGGCAAAAGCGGGGAUCAUGAAUCCCAUCAAGAUCAUCAAGGUGACAAAGAGGUCUUUGGAAGCGAAGGAAGGCAGUGAAGGGUGCCCCACCAAAAGACAGUGCAGGGAGGUGUCCCAGGCAAAACAUCCGACAACACGGCCUCGCUGUGAGUUCAUUGAGUAGGCCAGACAUAGUGUGCAGAGAUGCUUAGUAACUUAGUGGCCUUCGGACACGGAAAUGUGUGGUGUUGUCUUAAAUGAGCCAUUUUGUUUUCUUUUUAUUUAUGUUUCACGAAAUGCAAACCGCGUGAUCACUUGUCGGGUACAGAAGUUGUGAUCUGCGCUGAGCCUUUAUCGGCCACACGAGCUUUGAUUUUGCGUGAAGACAAAUUGCAGGGCUC